AGGGAGGACUUGACCCGUUCUAGAAGCUGUUGUAUCUUUUUGUAUUGAGCCAUUCGUUCACGUGUUAGACACCAGCCUUAAAUUGCUUGGCAAUUCUCAACUACGCUCUGUAACGAUGAGUACUACAACCGUUGUCGACACGGUCGUCAGCACAGACCGGCAGCCGGAGACGCGGACUGUCGAGCGUCAUGGCUAUCUCUUUGGUCAGAAGAUAGCAGCAUCCAUGUCGCCGCAGUUUCACCAGACGAUAUUCAACGACCUUGGUUGGGCGUGGGAGCAGUUCCGUCUUGAUUCCGCUGAUAUCCCAAGUUUCUUGAAAUUGCUUCAAGAUCCCAACUGCUUCGGCUCGUCCGUCACAAUGCCUAACAAGGUGGCUAUAAUGGAUUACCUAGAUGAAAUGACAGAAGAGUGCCGUGAAGUGGGCGCCUGCAACACAAUUUACUUCCGUCCCUCGGAAGACGUUGGCGGCCGCAAGAAGCUCUAUGGCACCAACACGGAUGUCGUGGGUGUGCGCGAGUCGUUCUACCAGAACAUUAGCAACCCCGAUGCCGUAUUUCAUGACAAGCCCGCGAUGGUGAUUGGAGGCGGUGGCGCAGCGCGCAGUGCCGUCUACGCCUUGUGGAAGUGGAUGCGCGCAACACGCAUCUACCUCGUGAAUCGCGAUCAGAGCGAGGUUGACGCCGUGAUCCGCGAGUGCAAAGCCAAAGGAUACGGCGACUCACUUGUGCAAGUGGCCACUGUCGAACAAGCCGAGGCCCUUGAGACCCCUGGCGCUAUCGUCGCCUGCGUGCCAGACUUCCCGCCCAAGACCCCUGAGGAGAAGAUCGCGCGCGCUGUGAUUGAGACCUUCCUGAGUAAGGAGAGAAAGGGCGCCAUCCUCGAGAUGUGCUACAACCCCACUCCUUACACUGAACUUGGUGCCAUCGCCGAGCGCAACGGCUGGCAGGUUAUACUAGGCACUGAGGCCAUGAUAUGGCAAGGCUUCGAGCAGUCUAAACUCUGGACGAACCUAGAGCUGAAAGAUUUGCCUGUGGCUAAAUGUAAAGAAGCGAUCGCUGUCAGGCUUUCGACAUCUUCAAGAUUAUAAUAAUUACUUAUCGCGUCGAUUUAUCUGGGAUGGUGCAUUGAGCGGGCGUUAUAUCAUUUACUU